AUGCCUACUCCUUCUAUUUCCUCAGAUAAAUCUCGACAGUCAUCAGCGGGCAAGUCAUUUUUCGGAAGAAAAUUACAUAAAGAUCGUCCCCCGGAUCCUCGGUUUGAAGGCAACGGCGGCCUGGAGGUAUUUGGGGCCAGCGGCUCCGCUGCUGGAUCACGCUCCUCGCGCCAUUCCAAGCACGAAUCCAUACAUUCGGUGGACAUACCCUUUGACCACCCCGGUAUGUCAUCUGGCGUUAUCACCGCUAUCCCUUAUGAUAGCGUGGCAGCAGACCCCAAAUCUCCUAUCCCUGUUGACUAUCUCCCUCAACAACGAAAAGAGCCUUCCCCUCAUCACCUAAAUAAACCGGGCUUUGACCCGCACCAAUAUCCAUCGUGGAAUGGCCAACAAUCAUCGAAUGGAUCGUCACAUCCAAAUGGCCCAAGACCCCCGCCUAGCUCCAAUACAACUAUGGCCGCAAGCCAUACGGGGGAUAAGGGAACGAAAUACCAGCAAUGGGGUGGCCCAGGCAACGGCUAUCCUUCCUACUCAACUCCCGAUUCGUCGACGAAUUCCCGCACAUCCCUAGAUCAGAAUAGCAUUUACUCCUCCAUCUCGUCCGCCCAAACCUCCUAUGACCCAUCCCUCCGUCCAUACACCUCCCAGUCGAAUGAACGAUAUCCACUAUCUUCCGCACACUCAGCUUCCAGAUACUCCUCCAUAUCCCAAACGCAAUAUUCGACUCCAGGUUCCGCAUUUUCGUUGGCGAUUGCUUCUGAUGGAAACUUUAGCCAACCAAAGGAUGAUAGAAUUGUUGACCAGAUGUUCUACGAGUUAAUGAUCAAGAGAGGAUGGCAGAACUUGCCAGAGCAAGCGAAGCGGCAGAUGCUGGCAUACCCGGCCUCAAAGAAGUGGACGCUGGUGCAUCAAGACCAUUUGACGCAGGCUCAGGGCGACAAGAAAAAGUCAAAUUCCCGACUCACAUAUGGCUAUCCUGAUGGCCCCGCAGGUCUUCUCUCGAGAGCAGACGAAGAUGGGAGCCCUGAAUGGUAUGUGAAGAAGGUCAUGGAUGACUCAAUUAGCACGAAACAACUACAAAGUCUGAGUGUCAGUUUGCGGACGCAGCCAAUAAGCUGGGUACAAUCAUUCGUGGAAGCCCAAGGCCCAGUUGCCCUGGCGAACGUUCUUAGCAAAAUUAACCGACGAAAGGCCUCCGGACCAGCUCCAGCUACUCCGGCAUCGGGCGACAGGGAUCUCGAUCGCGAAUAUGAUAUCGCGAAAUGCUUCAAGGCAUUAAUGAAUAAUAAAUAUGGCGCUGACAAUGCUCUGGAGUGUCAGCAAGUCAUUAUCGCACUCGCCAAUUCGCUGACAUCGCCACGUCUUAACACGCGCAAAAUGGUCAGCGAAAUCUUGACGUUUUUGUGUCAUUGGGCCGAGGGUGAGGGCCAUCAGAAGGUUCUCCAAGCGAUGGACAGUGUUAAAAGCGCGAGAGGGGAGACCGGUCGUUUCGAUGCUUGGAUGCGCAUUGUCGAGGUCACUAUAGACGGACGAGGGAAAAUGGGGAGCCUUGUCGGCGCCAGCGAGGAAUUUCGAAGUGGGGGCAUUGGCAUGGAGAACUUGCUUAUGGACUACGCUCUCAAUACUCUUUUCUUAAUCAAUAUGAUCGUCGACGCGGCAGAGCGUGAUCUCCAGCUCCGCUGCCAUAUCAGGGCGCAGUUCACCUCUUGCGGGAUCAAGCGAUUGCUGGUAAAAAUGGAAGAAUUCCAGUAUGAGGCUAUCGACAAACAGAUUGAAAAAUAUAGGGAAAAUGAAGCCAUUGAUUAUGAAGAUCUUCUCCAGCGGGAAAAUAGCAGUAUGAAGGACAGCAUCGAGGGGGAGGUUACUGAUAUGAAUGACCCGGUCCAGAUUACGAAUGCGAUAGCAUCUAAAAUAAAAGAUGGCCGUUCACAGGAUUACUUCCUCUCUGCAAUGCAACACUUGCUGCUAAUCCGAGAGAACUCGGGGGAGGACGGCGUGAGGAUGUUCCAGCUCGUGGACGCCAUGCUCAGUUAUGUGGCUAUGGAUCGUCGGCUGCCGGAUUUGGAUCUUAAGCAAAGUCUAAAUUUUACAGUCCAGAGCUUGCUCGAUAAGCUACAUACGGACGCAGAGGCGAGGCGUGCAUUCGAUGAGUCUCUCGAAGCUCGACAGAUCGCGGACGCCGCCAUUGCUGAGAGAGACGAGGUGAAGGCGCAACUUGAGCUUGGUGCUGACGGGCUAGUCAAAAAGCUUCAGAAGCAGAUUGAAGAACAAACCGAUAUCAUUAAUCUCCAGUCCCGGCAGAAUGAGGCCUUGAAAGUGGAGCUAGCUGAAAUCCAGCGGUUGCGGGGCCAGGAAUUGCAGCGGAAUGAGCUGGAGACUCGCGAAUUGUAUCUCAUGCUGCGUGAUGCACAGGAAGUUGCUGCCUCCAAAGCGCAGAAGGGGAAUCUAGACAAACUUGGUAACACCGAUCCGACUCAAAUGAAUGGCAUUCUCGAUCGCGAAAAGCUUAUGAAUCGGCUCGAGAAACAAUUGGAGCGAACAAAGACGCAGUUCAAGCUUGAGGGUAGAGUUUGGCAAGAGGGUGGACCAUCGGAUAGGCUCCGUGAGUUGCGCGAGCAAAUGGAUGGCGAUGUCGGAUUUGGUGGUGGAUUCGACGAAGAAACCAAACGCAGUUUCACCAAUAGCACUUUUGGCGCCGUUUCCCGAAAACGAAGCCAGGGCGCUAAUAAGAAGGACGUUGAAGAUGAACAACUUUCUGACCUUGGCGAGGAGGAUGGUGACGAGGGUGUUGUGGAACGGCCGCGAUUAAUUGAAUUCAACCGGCCACGCAUGAACCCUGAACAGGCACCCUUAUUCCCACCUCCACCCCCACCACCUCCUCCUGGUGUUGGCGGUCCUCCACCACCCCCGCCGCCUCCUGGCAUGGGUGGACCACCGCCUCCUCCACCCCCUCCAGGCGCAGGUCCCGGAGGCCCACCACCCCCUCCCCCUGGAGCAAGUAUGGGCGGCUGGAAAAAGACGUACCUACCGGUGGCAGAUGCACCUGCAGCCACGAUUGGGUUACCAUUCAUCCGACCGAAAAAGAAGUUAAAGGCACUGCAUUGGGAAAAGGUUGAUUCUCCUCAAGUAACAGUCUGGGCAGCGCAUACUCCAACGCAUGAGGCGAAAGAAGAGAAAUAUACCGAGCUCGCCAAGAAAGGUGUCCUGGAUGAAGUUGAGAGACUCUUUAAAGCCAAGGAGACAAAGGCUCUCGGAACCGGCACUGGUAAAAAGAAAGACAAGAAGCAAAUACUACCCAGCUCUCUCAUGCAUAAGUUUCAAAUCUCAAUGGCUAAGUUUUCGGAGCUCUCAGCGGAUGAGGUUGUGCGAAAAAUCAUCCACUGUGAUCCUGAUAUCUUGGAUAAUAAUGUUGUGAUGGAAUUCUUGCAGAAGGACGAACUCUGCAGCAUUCCAGACAACACUGCAAAGGCAAUGGCGCCGUACCGCAAAGAUUGGACAGGCCCUGACGCUGCGACCUCAGAUCGAGAUCAGGACCCUAGCGAACUCACGCGUGAAGAUCAAAUUUAUCUUCAAACUGCCGUCGAGCUUAACCAUUAUUGGAAAGCACGGAUGCGCGCUCUUCAGCUAACUCGCACCUUCGAGACGGAUUACGACGAUUUGUCCACCAAGCUGCAGGAAAUCGUUCGUGUUUGUGAAUCUCUGCGUGAUUCCGUAUCAUUGAUGAAUGUUCUUGGUCUAAUUUUAGACAUUGGAAAUUUCAUGAAUGCGGCGAACAAGCAAGCUGUUGGAUUCAAGCUUAGCUCUCUUUCCCGCCUGGCUAUGGUCAAGGAUGAUAAGAACGAAUCAACAUUCGCUGACCUGGUAGAACGCAUUGUGCGAAACCAGUAUCCUGAGUGGCAAGGCUUCGUUGAUGAUAUUGGUGGCGUCAUCGCUGUUCAAAAAGCCAACGUGGACCAGCUCCGUGCUGAAGCACAGUCGUAUAUUAACACGAUCAAGAAUGUUCAAGCCAGUUUGGAUUCUGGCUCUCUGAGUGAUCCGAAAAAAUUCCACCCACAAGACCGGGCCAGCCAGGUUGUUCAACGGUCAAUGAAGGAUGCCAGACGCAAGGGAGAACAGAUGCAAUUAUACCUUGAUGAGAUGUCGAAGACAUUCGAUGAUAUCAUGGUCUUCUACGGCGAAGAUAGCUCGGAUGAAAAUGCAAGAAGGGACUUCUUCGGCAAACUGGCUGGGUUUGUCACAGAGUGGAAGAAUUCGAAGGAAAAGAAUUUAGCUUGGGAGGAAUCACGACGGCGAAUGGAUGCAUCAUUGGCACGGAAACGAACCAAUGGUGCAGCUCUCAAUGGCCGUGUAGACAAUGCCGAUUCGCAAUCACCGGCGUCCAGUGGAGCCAUGGACUCCCUACUAGAGAAGCUGCGAGCUGCCGCUCCACAGGCGCGAGACCAACGCGAUCGCCGUCGCCGUGCGCGACUAAAGGAACGACAUCAGGUCAGGGUUGCAUCCGGACAGAAGGUCCCAGACUUACCUACUGAAGCCGCCGAGAGGAGCACCGAAGGCGAUGAUGAUGAUGCAAGCAGCGCAAACAAUCGGGAUCUCCUGAGCCCAGGCACCAAACCAGAUGAAUCAGCAUCUUCAGUCAAAGAGACACAAGUAUCUGAAGGUGAAGAUAUCGCUGAUAGAGCUGCAAGCAUGCUUCAGGGGCUUAGGAACGACACAGAAGGUGGUGCUGAUCGCGCACGUCGCAGAGAGAGCGCUGAAGAAGCUAGGCGGAACCGGAGGUUAAGGAGGAAGACGGCAGCGGCUCACGGGAGCAAGGAUGGCGAUAACGCUGACGGGCCCUUAUCGUCGGUCAAGGAACCUGAUUACGCUGGAACUGAAGGAGGAAUAGACGGACAGACUACUUCUCCCAUUAGCCCAACUGCGCCUGAUGAUUCGCCACAGUCAUCGGAAACGCCAUCAAUUGUUGUCUCCGGCACCAGAGACGCAGAGCCGUCGUUAAUAACAGAAGAAAAAUAG